CUCGCGUGGGCUACCAAGCGUGACUUACAUACCCCUACGCUGUGCUCCGUUGCUCUAACGUUUGAUUUGACCUUAGGUUGGAUAGGUUAGGUACAGGUUAGGUACCUACGUAAGCAGGGAAACGGGAGGUUUCAAUAAUGUAUUCGAAGCGAAAGAGGGAGAGAGAGAGAGACACGGAGAAAGACAUAGUCAAUCCCUAUAAUACCGACAGAGUCGCGAGAAUGUGCCGAAGGUGGGUGUGAUCGCCACGGAAGUGAUAGGUUCUCUUGAGGCGAGAAGACGUUGUCGUCUCCCCGUUGAUACAAGUAUCUUCAUGGAACCUUCUGUUUCCGGAAACCGUUGUAAUGAUUGGAGCGUAGUAGUGUUAUGCCUGCCUACCUACCUACACACCUGCAUACAUACAUGUAUGUAUGUAUGUAUUAAUCUUGGUUCUCUAUAGACUUUGAGUUUCAGACCUUUAGGUAUAUAUUAAUACCUAUCAUGUCGAGCUCAGCCGCAGUAAUCUAGAGAUACUAGUUCGUCAGUUGUUGGUCUUUCUAUAUUUCCUUUGGUACUCUUGGCUAGGUACCUAACCUAACCUACCUGUCAUGGAGAAUCGAGUUAGAACUAUCAAAGACGCCGUUAAGGAGGAGUUCCGGACGGACGUCACCCUCAACCGAGUAGCCAAGUUCGCUCGCACCGCCCCUAAACACUUCCCGUCGGCUGCCAAGCAGUACCUCGCCGACAAGCUUCCUAUCAUCCAAUGGCUACCGCGAUAUUCCCCGUCGUGGCUCGUCCAAGACUUCAUGGCUGGCCUCACGAUUGGAGUACUGCUCAUCCCCCAAGGUCUAGCAUAUGCUAAGAUCGCAACGAUUCCUAUUGAGAAUGGACUUUACUCUUGUUGGGUUCCUGCUGCGGUGAUGGUGUUUAUGGGGACGUCGAAGGAUCUGUCAACGGGACCAACCUCGAUCUUGGGUCUACUAACGGCAGAAAUCAUCCGUGAUCUAAAGAACGAGUACUCCCCCACCAACAUCUCGUCGGCCGUCGCCAUGAUGGUAGGCAUCUGGUCGCUCCUUAUAGGUCUGCUCGGACUCGGUUUCCUGCUCGACUACGUCUCGAUCCCCGUCCUCACCGGAUUCAUCUCGGCAACGGCCUUCGUCAUCGGCAUGGGCCAGGUCGGUUCCUUAGUCGGGCUGAGCAAUGUGCCAGACGGUGCUUUCAACCAGCUCGGCAACGUCCUGAAGCGUCUCCCGCACUGGGACGGCCCAACCUGCGGGAUAGGCUUCGGCACCGUGGUCGUCCUGCUAAUCCUCCAGAAGAUCGGCAAGAAAUGGGGCAACAAGCACUUCGCCAUCCGGUACAUGUCCAGCAGCAGGGCGAUCAUCGUGAUGGUCAUCUUCACCUUGAUCUCGUAUCUCGUCAACAAGGAUCGCGACAAGUACCUCUGGAGCGUCAGCGAGGUCAACACCCACGGGAUCCAGCACCCGAAAGCCCCCGGGGCAGACCUGCUUGCAAAAGUUGCCGCGCGCUCCAUCGCCCCCUUGGUCGCGUGCACCCUCGAACACCAGGCUGUCGGCAAGGCGUUCGCGCGCCGGAACCACUACGCCAUCGACCAGACGCAGGAGUUCAACUACCUCGGCGUCACGAACAUCAUCAACUCGUUCUUCGGCGUGAUGCCCGUCGGCGGGGCUAUUUCCAGGACCGCCGUCAACUCGGAGUGCAAAGUCAGGAGCCCCCUGAACGGCGUCGUUACGGCAGGCUUUAUUAUCCUGACGCUAUACGUCUUCUCGCCGGCUCUCUACUGGCUUCCUAAGUCGACCUUGGCCGCCAUCAUCAUCAUGGCCGUAAUCCACCUCUUCGGGCCCCUCUCCCUCAUAUGGCGAUACUGGCGCAUCUCCCUGGCCGACUUCGUCGCGUGCAUGGUCGCCUUCUGGGUCACGAUCUUCGUGUCGGCGGAGAUCGGCAUCGGCGCGGCCGCCGGGUGGAGCGUAGCCUGGACGCUGCUGCGCUCGGCCUUCGCGACGCCCUCGAUCCACGCGAGCCAGGCGACCGCCGCCGGGGGCGCGGACAAAUCAGGCACUUUCCGGCCCUUGACACACAUCCUAACGACAACAACAACAACAGCAACGACGGGGAUGGGGACGGGGACGACGGGUGGUCAUUUUAAUAGUAAUAGUAACAAUAAUAAUAAUAACCAGAUGCCGCGGGCGGGACUGACGACGACGACGGAGAAUGUCGGGGGGCCCGUGAUACCGGACGACACGGUAGUGGUGCGGUUCGGGGACGCGCUGUUCUUCCCGAACGCGAACCGCAGCAAGGUGGAGGCGCUAGAGGCGAUGCAGCUGGCGUACCCGAGCGUGGCGAGCCCGCAGUACAGCGCGGACGCGUCGCGGCAGUGGAGCGUGGCGGCGGAGCGGCGGCUCGCGCGGCUGCGGGCGGAGCGCGGGGUCGUCAUGCGCCAGAUGCCGCUGUCCGUCGUCAUCUGGGACUUCGGCAUGGUGCCGUUCGUGGACGCGACCGGCAUCACCGCGCUGGCCGAGCUCAAGGACGACGUCCGCAGGCAGCUGGGGUACGGCGUGCAGAUACGCAUGGUGGGCAUGACCAAGGGGGUGCGCAGCCGGUUUCGGCGGGCGAGCUGGAAGCUCGCGGAUGCGGAUGGCCUGGUCGAUGGGGACGCGGAUGUGGUGUAUCCGUCCCUCGAGAGGGCGAUUUGGGAUGAGAGGGACCGGGAUAGCUUGAAGGGUGUUACUGAGGAGAAGCUUUGAGGUUAUUAUUGGUGGGCGGAGUAUAUGAUUGUUACGUCUGUUUUGUCUGGCUUUGACUAUCGCAUAGGGGGAGGGAUUUUUGGACCGGAAUAUUGACUUCUGAUGAAACGAAGCGAUACUAUGGAGUACAUCAAAUCAAUCAAACCCUGAUUUCUCUCCGAGGAAAAUUGCCUAAAUAAGACACCAAGAGAUAUGAAUGAUUCUCAAUAAGUUGCUGGUCCAGUUGAUAUC